AAUCCCCGGUAUGGCUUUACUGGUGACCGCCGCGUAUCUAGGCAGACCAAUCUUCGUUGUGUGUGUGCCCGGUCUUUUCUUACCGACGACACAUCAUUGCUAAUCCAAAGGUUCCUCAUUUGUUGUUCGCCUCCCGUCGGAAUAUUAGAUGGUGGAACACGUGCAGUUCGUGUGACUUCUACUCACGCCAAGAAACAUCGAGCGUACCAGUCAGUCAAUAGGAUGUCCGACAGUGAGGAGGAUGACUGCCCGCGGCUUUCUGCUGAAACUCUGGCGGCCCUUCAGGAGUUUUAUCUGGAGCAGCAGCAGCCAAGCACAGUUAUGAAGAACUUUGCAGUGGGAGCCAUUGAAGAGGACUGGCAGUUAAGCCAGUUCUGGUACAGCGAUGACACAGCAGAGCGCCUUGCCAAAGAAGUCAUUUCAGCCAUUGGGAGAGGCAGCAAAAUUGCUUGCAUCAGUGCUCCAAGCAUUUACCAGAAGUUGAAGGAGCUUCACCAUGAAGAUGUUUCUGUGGUUAUCCUAGAAUAUGACAAGAGGUUUUCAUUGUAUGGGGAAGAAUUCAUCUUCUAUGACUAUAACAGCCCCCUCUCCUUACCAGACAGCAUAACGCCCAACAGUUUUGAUAUCGUGGUAGCUGAUCCCCCUUAUCUGUCAGAAGAAUGCCUCACCAAAACAGCACAGACAAUUAAAUUUCUUACAAAAGGAAGAAUUCUUUUAUGUACAGGUGCAGUCAUGGAAGAACUCGCAGAACAGCUUCUUGGAGUCAAGAUGUGUGAAUUUAUCCCAAAACACAACAGACACUUAGGCAAUGAAUUCAGGUGCUAUGUGAACUACAGAUCUAGUCUGAACUCAACAGUGCACACUUCUAAUAGUUAAUGUCUUGUUUCACUUAUAAUAAAAGACUUUGUUUAUUAUUGACUGUUGGGGAGGGUUGGAAAAGUCAUUCAAACUGUAACCAUUGCUAGGCUCUCACACUUAUUCACAAUCAAACCAUCUUACAUGGAAACACUUGAGAGAAAACCCUUUGAGAGUGCUUUCAUUCCAAACCUGCUUAUUCAUUAAUUUAUUUUCUGUUUACUCCAAUUUGAAAAAAUAUGACAGCAACGCUGGAUUCCACUUAGGAACCAGCAUGGGAAAGCUAGCAGCUCACUGCAGGACAGGCUUGCACUCCCAAGGUUAAAAAUGAACUCUACUGGCACAUCUUUGCUCCUGUGGUAGAAGACUGUGCUGUAUUAGCAAGUGAAAGUCUACAUGGACACCGGGCUCCCUCACACCUGUUGAAGCUCAAUGCAGAUGUUAAACUCACAUUGUCAAUAGUCCAAUGUAAACGUAUAUGAAAGCAAGAAGCAUUUCAAACCUUUCUGCUCCAUCUAAAUCCAUAUCUCAAUACCGGCGCACCCAUCUGAUGACUGCUUAGUUCCAUGAGACAAGACUAUUUACUAAUGUUUCUUGAACUUAUUCACUACUUAUGCUAAAAAUAUAUUUUCAUUGCUUAAAUACAAAUCUUCACUAUCAUGAAUUUCACUGUUGGAAAUCUAAAUCGUGCAGACAUCUGUGGCUUAACUCCGAGUUCCCUAUACAGUGUCAGUUCUCACUCCAGUAUCCAGUCCUACCUUCACACCAUUUUCUUGGCUAACUUUGUCUUCUUUAGCUAAACUGGAGUUGCUGGUCUCGGUUUCUUUGUCAGUCUCUGGAAUGCAUGUGCACCCAACAGGAAUGGAUACGUAAUAUUCAGUGUACACGUAGCGCCCUCCAGUGCAGGAUCGUGUUCUUCGUAGGAUCACAGAAGGCAUGAACACUGGAGUACUGCGGUGCUGUAAACUCUCCUCUCCGUAAGGUCCAACCAAGCAGCCUUUGCAUAAGCAGUAAGCUUCUGGGAUGUAUUUGGGGUAUCUUAAAGGAUCAUAGGAGACUCUAAAAGAAAAUAUUAGGAAAAAAUAAAAACAACUUACUUGUUUAUAAAUGUCAACGCUAUUCUGUUAGUAUACAUUCACCAGUUAAGUACUUUUUCCUAUUCCAUUAUCCAUGCAUUUAACAUUAACCAAAGAGCAGAUUAUUUUAGAAUAGCAGAUUGUUGAUCAGAAAGCCAGCACUAUUUGCUUAUGUGUAAAUCCGGUUAUGCACAUUGAAACUCCUGCCUUAGGGACGCCUGCAUUUCAUGUGUACCUGAAGGCUCAGUCGGUGAAAGCAUCAAGUGUGCAGACAAAGCACUUUACAGCAGCAGGCACCAAUAGAGUUUCAUGUCUUUGCAUAGCUCACAGGGAGAAUAGGAAAGACUGAAGAUUUAAGGGUUUUGAUUGCAAUUUAGUAGCAUAAGAAGCAAAGCCUGGUUGGGAUUUUUAUGCAGGAUAGCAUUAAUGGAUAUAUCAAGAAUGGACCACCAAACAAAACAAAUCCAAGUACCAUAUAUGCUCACAUGUAAGUGAAAAAUCAAUCGUAAAUUCAGACUUAUACGCCCAUUCAAAAAUGCGACAUUUUUUAAUCAUCUUGCCUCCUCCAAUCUCACAUCAUUUUCUCAGAUGCAUCAAAUUUUGUUGCAGCAGCGCAGUUGCCAAUUUAUUUUGCUACUUCAGCGACGUUUAAUUUAAAACCAGCUUCAUAUUUUCUUCAGAUCGAACGCUCCAUCGUAGAUAAUGAAUGCUCUUACGAUAAAGGUGUGAGAUACAAAAUCAGUGCAAAUGUUGCUUUGGAAUAGUUUGGGUAUUACUGUGUGGUCACGUAGGCACAAUACAUAGAGAAAAGAAAGGCCGUGUGCUCUGUGGCUACUCUCUCAGGUGGGCGUUAGCAUAGCAUAAUCUCUUGGACCAACAGAGUGAGUUUUCCGCAUUCAAUUUAUACAACCGACAUUAUAAAAUACCAGAAAUUAUAUUGUAAAAUCAAGUCCCGACUUAUUCUUAUCCGCGAGUAUAUACGGUAAACAUGUCAGGAUGGGGUCCAAACCUUACUGUGUUCCCUGCUUUGACGUGUAGUUUGCCUUUGAACUUCAUCUGUUAGUCUUCUUUGGCAGCAGCACUAAUCAUGUGCCACAGAAGAGCAGAUUCUCUCAGUGCUCGAGUAUUGUGCCUAAUGAGUCUCUGCAGAAGUGCUCUGUGGUCUUUUGAUGUCUUGCCUCUACCUUUGGAUUUAGCCAUUCUGCCCACUUUCUGGAUAGCUCUGCUUUUGCCUUUUUUCCUCCACCUGUGAUGUGACUGCCUGUCUGAUAGGGGUGGAAAAUUUCAUCAUUUAUGACUUUAUUCCAUUGCUUUAGUUAUGUUCCAUGCUACUGAGAUUUUUUAAAAUAUUUUGCAAUAUAUUAAAAACUGGUUUGGUUUUGCUGCAAUAUAUGCAAAUUAUUUUAUUUUUCUGACUGAGGUUAAAGCUGAAAUCAUUCCUUAGGCAAAAAUGUCAGUCUGUUGCACAUAAUCAGAAAAACACUUCAGUUCAUUCAUACUACUGGAUUUUAUAAAAAAAAAUUGGAAACGGAUUUAAACAAUCUCCACUGGAUGGCUAGAAAUCUGUGCAAUAAAUUGCUUUUAUUGCUUAUGGUUUUUUUUUUUGGUAUCGAGGUGGCCACCACAUUAUGUGGGAAAAGUAUGUUUUAGAAAAGGUAGGCUAUGUACUUACUAAUGCAUCCUCUUGCAGCCCAUAAAUAAUAAA